UAAAUCUGCUGAGCUUGAAGAAGAGUUGAAAACUGUGACCAACAACCUGAAGUCACUGGAGGCUCAGGCUGACAAGUAUUCGCAAAAGGAAGACAAGUAUGAGGAGGAAAUCAAAGUCCUGAGUGACAAACUGAAGGAGGCUGAGACUCGCGCUGAGUUUGCAGAGAGGUCUGUCGCCAAGUUAGAAAAAUCCAUUGAUGAUCUGGAAGGUAUGAUUGUAAAUCACUUCCCAAAUAACCUCUGAUUUAAUGAGGGCCUU